AUGGGAAAGGAAAAUAAAUAUAAACCGAAUGCCGAAAAACCAACCAAACCAACCAUCGAGCGGUACUUCGGCAAGCCCCUCCAAGAGCAUCAAGUAAAAGCUACAGGUGCGUCUGCGGAAGGAGACAAGGUUACUCACCCUCCGUAUGGAGGUCCUGCCGCCUCUGGCUUGCAGAAGCAGAAGCAGAAGCAGGAAGAGGAGCAAGGAGAAUGGCAGACACAGGGGUGUCAGAAGAGGCGCGAUAAGGCCGGGGAAGGCUGGGGCGGAAAGCAGCAGCAGCAGCAGCGGCAGCAGCAGCAGCGGCAGCAGCGACUUCCACAACAGCGCGGACAACACCGCGAUCCUAUAGAAAAACAGAACCAGCAACAGCAGACAGUACAACGGCGUCUUCAGGGCCACAAUGAACAACACCAAGGAGGCUCCCAGUGCUAUGGUCCACCAAAACCGCAAGACGAACUCCCAAAAUGGCCAAGAGCCCAGAACCGAGGUCUGCCUCUGCAGCCUCUGCAGAAUCUGCUCCCUCAGACCCAAAAAGUGGUGCCGCCACUCCCAGCAGGCACCAUGAAACGUGGAACUUUGGGAAAACCAGGUCAAGUAUCUGUUAAUUAUCUCGAAGUUAACUUGGAUAAAAUGCCUGCGGUGGCCUAUCAGUACGAUGUGAAGAUCACGUCAGUAUGUCCUAAGAAGUUCUAUCGUCAGGCUUUUGAGCAGUACAGAGUUGAACAUUUGGGCGGUGCGAUUGCCGCAUAUGAUGGACGUGGAUCGUGCUACUCAGUUGUGAAACUAAAAUGCAGCCCCCAGGGCCAAGAAAUGAAGGUAACAGAUCGCCACGGCCGUACCUUGAAUUACACUGUGGAGCUCAGGAAGACACAGGACUCGGAAGUCGAUUUGAGCUCACUAAGAAGCUACAUGAAGGACAAGAUUUAUGAUAAGCCCAUGCGAGCCUUGCAGUGUCUGGAGGUUGUGUUGGCGGCUCCCUGUCAUAACACCGCUAGACGCGCCGGUCGCUCCUUCUUCAAAGGGUCUGAUCCUUCCGGUGAAGGUUGCAUACGCAAUGAGUUUCCAUCCAGCUCUAGCUUUCCGAUGGCUGUCAGGAAGCUGCCCUCGCGCAGAACUUCCUCCGUGGUCUGGAUGCCUUUUUGUCGUACGCCACUGAAGAAUCCGAAGAUGUGGUCAAAGGCGGAGAGUGUAGAGGGCUCGUAGCUGUCGUAGACAACGUCCACAUCAAGAACAGCUGCGCUCAGGACAUCCACAAUCUCCACGCCAUGCUCUU